AUGAAGUCCUCGUCUCCCAUUUCUGCUUUCGUUUUCUUGAUGCUCGUUGGCAUUGCCAAUGCGUUUGGUCCCACAGUUCCAGCCACAACCACCACCAUGCGAUCUGUGCUUCGACCCACAACAUCACAACUUCAGGUUUCUUCUGUCGAGUCAACAGAAGUUACGGACGCCAUGAAACUGGAUCUCCCCAAAAACGCCCUUCCAUUUCGAGAAGACGCUCAAAAGGUGGAAGAACUCUUGAAUGUGGAGGUGGUUAUUGGAAGAUUUGCCAUGUUGGCUGCAGUGGUCUUUUUCGCCGUGGAAGUCACUACCGAUACCAGUAUCCCGGAUCAAGUUCAACAAUUUGCAACAGUGGCAAUGCUGUCCUAA